AUGGAGAAUCAGAAUACAAAGGAUAAAAUGUUUAAGAAGUUUACAUGGACCCUUACGAACUUCUCCACGUUGGACUCCAAGAAAUUGUACUCGGACACGUUUUCUAUUGAUGGCCACACAUGGAGGAUUAUUAUCUUUCCAAAAGGGAAUCGUGGAAACAGUAUGUCAAUUUAUUUGGAUGCUGGUGUUGCUACUAUGCCUCAUGGAUGGGAAAAACUUGCAAAUUUCAAACUCAUUCUGAUUAAUCAGCUCAAUCACGAAAGAAAUAUAAUAAGAGAAACUAGCCACACCUUCAAUUCAGAGCAGGGUGUUUGGGGUUACACAUCCUACAUAUCUUUGGGUGCACUUUGGAACUCUAGCCUCGGGUUCAUUGUAAAUGAUACUUGUAUUAUUGAAGCUCAUAUAUUCGUUAAUAUGUUAGACCAUGAGAAUAAGCUUGUUGAAAGCAUUGAGAAUCUUUUCCCCAUGGAAAUGAUUUCAACUUCAUCAUUUGAUGAAGUGGUGGAUUUUAUUCCUCUAUUGGAAGAUGUUUGUUCACGAUAUCCCUCUCUUAUUGAUAAGAAAAAGAAGAAAAGUCAAAGAUUUAUUAAAUGGAGUUUUACAGCACUUGGGAGGGUUCUUCAUUUUCUCAACACUAAAAAAGUUAGAGACAUGGACGAUGAUGCUUGUAAUCAUCUCCAAACUUUAUGGGAGGAACUUGAGACAUGUGGAUUUGAAUUGUCAUGGUUGAAACCUCAUGUACAAUCUGCUUUGGGCAUGAAAACUUGUGUUGAGAAAGUUCUUGCUGCAAAAAGGUUGGAGGAGAAUGUGACUACUUUGGAAAAGAACGUGGCUAUUUUAGAGAUGGAAGAGAAAACUUUGAGAACAAAGAGGAUUGAAGCAGAGGUUAAUCUAGAAAUUACAAGAAGAGACUUAGUGAAAGCAAAAGAAGAUUUUGUAGAAUGUGAUUUGGAUGCUGAACUAUGGAAAACCAUGAAUUGCAUAUGA